ACGAGCGGCGGGCGCCCCGAUUGGGCGUCGCUUUGGAGAGGAUGUGACAUCAGGCACAUCUCUCGCUUGGCUGGAUCGCUGGCUGCCGACCAGGGCAGCCCGGGAGCUGUUUUGUUAAAUCCCAACCCAGGUGCUCGAGUUUCUGCCCCGAGAGCCGCCGGCACCACGUCCCGGGCUGCUGCAAGCUCUGCUCGACUCAUGCGUGCCGAGUCUGUUCCAGAGAGCGCUCCGGCCGCUGGGGGCUCACCGGGGACGAUGGAAUUUGAACUCUGGAAACCAACCACAAAGUGAAAAAGCAGCGGUUGGACAGACAGGGCUGAGAUGGAUGAAGAGAGAACAAACCGAAAUGCCAGCAAAUUGCAAGGAGUCGGAGGCCAGGCGUCUGCAGCGGCUCCAUCAAACCCGCUGAUGAGGGACUUUGUUUCAGACUGGUCUCCUCUACAUGAGGCCUCUAUCCAUGGGCGUCUGCUUUCUCUGAAGAAACUCAUUGAACAGGGGGGUGAUGUCAAUCUUGUUACAGCAGACCAGGUAUCUCCUCUCCACGAGGCCUGCCUAGGGGGUCACGCUGCCUGUGCCAGUGUCCUGUUAAAACACGGUGCUCAGGUGAAUGGAGUGACUGUUGACUGGCACACACCCYUGUUCAACACCUGUGUCAGUGGCAGUGUGGAUUGUUUGAAUUUGCUGCUGGAGCACGGAGCCAGCCUGCAGCCACCCUGUGACCUGGCAUCCCCCAUCCAUGAAGCUGCUAAGAGAGGUCAUGUGCAAUGUGUGGAAGUCCUUGCGUCCCGUGGGGCAGACAUAGAUCACAACAUCAAGCACCUGGGUACUCCACUUUAUGUAGCUUGUGAGAACCAGCAACUGAACUGUGCCAAGAAGCUGCUUGAGUCAGGAGCAAACGUGAACAGCGGCAAGGACCUGGACUCCCCUCUGCACACGGCUGCCAGGAAUUGCAGUGUGGAGCUGGCAAAGCUGCUGAUGGACUUUGGAGCAGACAUUUGGGUGAAGAACGCUGAAAACAAGAGGCCAGUGGAGCUGGUCCCACCUGGCUGCCCUGUGGGCCAGCUGUUCCUGCAGAGAGAAGGGCCACUGUCCUUGAUGCAGUUGUGCCGCCUGUGCAUCAGGAGGUGCUUUGGAUACAAGCAGCACCAAAAAAUAACUGGACUUCUUCUCCCAGAYGAGCUGAAACAUUUCCUUCUCCACAUCUGAGCCUUUUCCUGUUCAAAAUGGUGCCUUUAAUAACACAGCAAGACACAGAUCCUGCUGCCACAAACCAAAGUGCAGUUGUGACCACUCUCUGCUCACUUGGGUGCUCCCCUGGGAAUACCAGCUGCCUGAUACAUAUGAGAGCAAGGAUGCUGAGAGUCCAACUGUUCUUCCCAUGGCCCUAUUUGGCCUUGAAUUCUGAACCAAAGUGCAUCUGCACCAGUGGGAGCAGCACCCAGCCCUGAGGGGCUGCCACUUUCUCCCUGAACUGAAGGGGCAGCCACACAUUUGGUGCUUCUGCUUUUCCACUUCACUGUGGAGACUCCACGAGAGUGGGCUGGGUGUGCAAAAUCUGAUGGCAUCACUAACGCCAGCAAUGAGAGACACAGAGGGCACCUCAGAAGUGGAGAGACCUGGCAGCCUUCAAAUCUAUGAAAGCUUCUUUUGGUGUUCACCAUUGUGCCAGUGUGUGCAGUGCCAGCCUUCUUUUGCAUGUGGAAAGUUAAAGACAGCUCAAGUGCUGUCUGGAUGCUGAUAUUUGGUGUAAAUCACCACUCAAACCCUCGUCUGCACAAGGUGACUGCUGGCUAGAGGCCUCCAGGCUGGAUUCCUUUGUGCUGACCAAACACAGCACAGUUCUGUUGGGUUUGUGGAACACUAAAUCAUAUCCUAAUGGGACAAAACAACGAACACAGUUAGGUCUGUAACUCCUCUGGUGGUAGAGACACAUAGAAAGGUGUCACCUGACCCAAUUCAUCACACAUACUUGAACCAUGGAAAAAUUACCUGGCUGGUUUAAAAUUCUAUAUUGUUUCCCUCAUGCCUGGGAAGAAAAGUAGAAAUCUCUUUUCACAGAGGCUGACUAAAAGCAGGUAUCUGGGAUGGGAAAGGCAGAUCCUUCUAAAAUCAGUAUCUUGGUUAAGCUGAAUCUGCAUUGAGCAGGCAAAGGAAUGGACAAUGAACCUAGUGCUCAACUCUGAAGAUUGAAGUGUGAAAAAUCCCUGCUUUGGUGAUGUAUUGGAAAGUUGGAGAUCCAUCUUACUAUAGUCUAGAAGAUGAAGAAACAUUUGGUUUUAUAUCCUAAUUUUACUUUUGCCUUUAGGCAUUUAUUUUAUAACUUCAGCCAAUGAAGUUACAAAAUAGGAGWGAUGCUGAUACCAGGAGGAAAUUGCUCUGAGAACCAGAUGAGAGUGUUGCUUCCAAGUGUUGCAGUUUGCUUUUCUUAUGAAAAUUUCAUGGUAUGACUCUGUUCACUUGAACUCCUCUGCCCAAGUGUAAUUGGGAUGAUUCUGUAUGCUCGGCUUCUAUCAUCUCAGUGUGUUUACUUAUUUAUUUUCAUAAAAAUUGUGAUCAACAACUGGUGAAUUACAGCUUUAUGUAUCAAUACUUCUCCAGUUUUGAACUKUAAAAGUUGUAUAAGAUGCAAACUGAAAAGCUCACUAUAAGUGAGGUUUGGAUUUUUUUAAUAUUUGAAAACAUUCAAAAUGUAAUGCAAGACUUAAAUAACUGUCAGAUAUAUAUUUUCAGAUUCUUUCCUAUUUUUCUUUUAACUUUUUAAUGGCAGUUAAGCCACAAUUUUGUAGGAUAUUUUCUCAGAAAUAAAUAGUUUUUACUCUUUU